AUGUCAGAUCGACCAUUGGUAACAGUUGUUGGUGCUACAGGAUAUCAAGGUGGAUCCGUUGUACGAUCAUUAGCAGAUACGGGGAAGUACAAGAUUCGUGGUUUGACUCGAGAUAAUACAAGUGUCAAAGCCCAAAACUUAAAACGUUCGUGUAAUAAUGACGGUACCGAUAUUGAGCUUGUUAAUUGUGAUAUAACAAAUAAAGAUGAUUUACUACGUGCUUUUAAGGGCAGUUGGGCUAUUUAUUCUUUAACAGAUUUUUGGGCCCAGCCACAUAAACCGGAGGCUGAAAUGCAACAAGGCAAAUUAAUGGCUGAUGUUGCAGCAAAAUUGAAUAUACCUUAUUAUAUAUUUAGUUGUGCCCCCAAUGUAAAUGUUCUUAGUAACAAUAAAUUGUAA